CGCCGCGGCUUAAGCGGCGGCUGCCUCAGCUCCUCAGAGCGCCGGCGGCGGCCUCGGCGGAGUCCGUGUCGGCGGCCGGGGCUGAGCUGUGAGUUUCCGAUUGAGAACAGCGUUGGGGAAGAUGGCGGCUAGCGGAUCAAAAGAUUUGCUGAACAGUGAAAAUCGGUAAAGCCAAGCUCCUAGCCGACCCGCCCUUACUGACCGGGCUGUCAGUUGCUGACCUGUGGUGAGGAUGAGUGGACUGGGUGAGAGCUCCUUGGAUCCGCUGGCCGCUGAGUCUCGAAAACGCAAAUUGCCGUGUGAUGCUCCAGGACAAGGUCUUGCCUACAGUGGGGAAAAGUGGAGACGGGAGCAGGAGAGCAAGUACGUAGAAGAGCUGGCCGAGCUGAUAUCUGCAAACCUCAGCGACAUUGACAACUUCAACGUCAAACCAGAUAAAUGUGCCAUCUUAAAGGAGACAGUGAGACAGAUACGUCAGAUAAAAGAACAAGGAAAAACUAUUUCCAGUGAUGAUGAUGUUCAAAAAGCUGAUGUAUCUUCUACAGGGCAGGGAGUCAUUGACAAAGACUCGCUAGGACCGCUUUUACUACAGGCACUGGACGGUUUUCUGUUUGUGGUGAAUCGAGAUGGAAACAUUGUAUUUGUGUCAGAAAAUGUCACACAGUAUCUGCAGUACAAGCAGGAGGACCUGGUUAACACAAGUGUGUACAGCAUCUUACAUGAGCAAGACCGGAAGGACUUCUUAAACACUUACCAAAAUCUGCAGUUAAUGGAGUGUCUUGGACUAAUGAGAACCAGAGACAAAAAAGCCAUACAUUUAAGUCGUAUGUUGAUGAAAACACAUGAUAUUUUGGAAGACAUGAAUGCCAGUCCUGAAAUGCGCCAGAGAUACGAAACGAUGCAGUGCUUUGCUCUGUCUCAGCCUCGCGCCAUGCUGGAAGAAGGGGAAGACUUGCAGUGCUGUAUGAUCUGCGUGGCUCGCCGCGUGACUGCAGAACGGCCGUUCCCAUCCAGUUCUGAGAGCUUUAUUACCAGGCACGACCUUUCCGGAAAGGUUGUCAAUAUAGAUACAAACUCACUUAGAUCUUCCAUGAGGCCUGGCUUUGAAGACACAAUCCGAAGAUGUAUCCAGAGGUUCUUCAGUCUCAAUGAUGGGCAGUCAUGGUCCCAAAAGCGUCACUAUCAAGAAGCUUAUAUUCACGGCAAGGCAGAGACGCCGGUGUAUCGUUUCUCAUUGGCCGAUGGAACUAUUGUGAGUGCGCAGACAAAAAGCAAACUCUUCCGUAACCCUGUAACGAAUGACCGGCAUGGCUUCGUCUCGACCCACAUUCUUCAGAGAGAACAGAAUGGAUAUAGACCAAACCCAAAUCCUGUAGGACAAGGCAUCCGGCCUCCUGCAGCAGGGUGUGGCAUGAACAUGUCUCCAAAUCAGAGUGUACAGAUGUUGGGCAGCCGGACAUAUGGCGUGGCAGACCCCAGCAGCACAGGGCAGGUGGGCGGAGCCAGGUAUGGGGCUUCUAGUAGCCUGGCCUCACUGACCCCAGCCCAGAGCCUCCCGUCGCCAUCUUCCUACCAGAACAACAGCUAUGGGCUCAGCAUGAGCAGUCCCCCACACGGCAGUCCUGGUCUCGGCCCCAACCAGCAGAACAUCAUGAUUUCUCCUCGUAAUCGUGGGAGCCCAAAGAUGGCCUCCCACCAGUUCUCUCCUGCCGCAGGUGCACACUCUCCCAUGGGACCUUCCGGCAACACAGGGAGCCACGGCUUUUCCAGCAGCUCGCUCAGUGCCUUGCAGGCCAUCAGUGAAGGCGUGGGAACCUCUCUUUUAUCUACUCUGUCUUCACCAGGCCCCAAACUGGAUAACUCUCCCAAUAUGAGUAUAAACCAGCCGAAUAAAGCGAGCAGUCAGGAUUCUAAGAGCCCCCUAGGCUUGUACUGUGAACAGAACCCAGUGGAGAGUUCAGUGUGUCAGUCAAACAGCAGAGAUCACCCCAGUGACAGAGAAAGCAAGGAGAGCAGUGGGGAGGCGUCAGAGCCCCCCAGGGGACCCCUGGAAAGCAAAGGCCACAAGAAACUGCUGCAGCUGCUCACGUGCUCCUCCGACGAUCGAGGCCAUUCGUCCUUGACCAACUCUCCCCUGGAUUCAAAUUGCAAAGACUCUUCCAUUAGUGUCACCAGCCCCUCUGGAGUGUCCUCCUCAACAUCAGGAACGGUGUCUUCCACCUCCAAUGUGCAUGGGUCUCUGUUGCAAGAGAAACACCGGAUUUUGCACAAGUUGCUGCAGAAUGGCAACUCACCAGCGGAGGUCGCCAAGAUCACUGCAGAAGCCACUGGGAAAGACACUAGCAGUACCGCUUCCUGUGGAGAAGGGGCUGCCAGGCAGGAGCAGCUGAGCCCUAAGAAGAAGGAGAAUAAUGCCCUUCUCAGAUACCUGCUGGACAGGGACGACCCCAGUGAUGUGCUUGGCAAAGAGCUGCAGCCCCAAGCGGACGGAGGGGAUGGUAAGCUGAGUCGAUGCGGCUGCUCCACCACCCCCAGCUCCGGCCAAGAGAAAGACCCCAAAGUUAAGACGGAGGCGAGUGAGGAGGUACCGGGAGACCUGGACAAUCUAGACGCCAUUCUAGGAGACUUGACUAGUUCUGACAUCUACAGCACUCCUCCCAGCGGCAGCCACCCAGGGGCCACACAACACGUGUUUGCAGGACCGAGCUCUCUGGGUUUGCGCAGUCCACAGCCUGUGCAGUCUGUUCGUCCUCCAUAUAACCGAGCCGUGUCUCUAGAUAGCCCUGUGUCUGUGGGCUCAGGUCCGCCAGUGAAAAACGUCAGUGCUUUUCCUGUGUUACCGAAACAGCCCAUACUGCCUGGGAAUCCAAGACUGAUGGAUAGUCAGGAGAAUUAUGGUGCCAAUAUGGGUGGACCAAACAGAAAUGUUGCUGUGAAUCCAACUCCUUCCUCAGGAGAUUGGGCUUUAGCUAACUCAAGGGCCAGCAGAAUGGAGCCUCUGGCUUCAAGUCCCCUGGGAAGAGCUGGAGCAGACUACAGUGCUGCCUUACCCAGGCCUGCCAUGGGGGGUUCGGUGCCUACCUUGCCACUCCGUUCUAAUAGACUGCCAGGUGUAAGACCAGCAUUGCAACAGCAGCAGCAGCAGCAGCAGCAGCAGCAACAACAACAACAACAGCAACAGCAGCAACAGCAGCAGCAGCAACAGCAGCAACAGCAGCAGAUGCUUCAAAUGAGAACUGGUGAGAUUCCCAUGGGAAUGGGGGUCAAUCCCUAUAGCCCAGCAGUGCCAUCUAACCAACCAGGUUCCUGGCCAGAGGGCAUGCUGUCUAUGGAACAAGGUCCUCAUGGGUCUCAAAAUAGGCCUCUUCUUAGAAAUUCCCUGGAUGAUUUGCUUGGGCCACCUGCUAAUCCAGAUGGCCAGAGUGACGAGAGAGCUCUGCUGGACCAGCUGCACACGCUCCUGAGCAACAGCGACGCCACGGGCCUGGAGGAGAUCGACAGGGCCUUGGGGAUCCCCGAGCUCGUGAAUCAGGGACAAGCUUUGGAGUCCAAACAGGAUGUUUUCCAAGGCCAAGAAGCAGCCAUGAUGGAUCAGAAGGCUGCACUCUAUGGACAGACGUACCCAGCUCAGGGUCCUCCACUGCAAGGAGGCUUUAACCUUCAGGGACAGUCCCCAACCUUCAACUCCAUGAUGAGUCAGAUUAGCCCGCAGGGCAGCUUUCCUCUCCAAGGCAUGCAUCCCAGAGCAGGUCUCGUGAGACCAAGGACGAACACCCCGAAGCAGCUGAGGAUGCAGCUUCAGCAGAGGCUGCAGGGCCAGCAGUUUUUAAAUCAGAGCCGGCAGGCACUGGAGAUGAAAAUGGAGAACCCCACUGGUGGUGCUACUGUGAUGAGGCCCAUGAUGCCCCAGGCCUUCUUCAACGCCCAGAUGGCUGCCCAGCAGAAACGGGAGCUGAUGACCCAUCACCUGCAGCAGCAGAGGAUGGCGAUGAUGAUGUCGCAGCCACAGCCUCAGGCCUUCAGCCCGCCUCCCAAUGUCACCGCUUCCCCCAGCAUGGAUGGCGUCUUGGCAGGCUCAGCAAUGCCACAAGCCCCUCCACAGCAGUUCCCAUAUCCAACAAAUUACGGAAUGGGACAACCACCAGAGCCAGCCUUUGGUCGAGGCUCUAGUCCUCCCAGUGCAAUGAUGUCAUCAAGAAUGGGGCCUUCCCAGAAUGCCAUGGUGCAGCAUCCUCAGACUGCGCCAGUGUAUCAGCCCUCAGAAAUGAAGGGGUGGCCGUCAGGGAACCUGGCCAGGAACGGCAAUUUCCCCCAGCAGCAGCUUGUCCCCCAGGGGAGCCCUGCAGCGUACAACAUGGUGCACAUGAGCAGCAGUGCUGGUCACCUGGGACAGAUGACCAUGACUCCCAUGCCCAUGUCUGGCAUGCCCAUGGGUCCUGAUCAGAAAUACUGCUGACAUCUCCCCGGUGGGGCCGAGAAGGAAAUCACUGCACAGACGACACUGCACAGGAUCAUCGGGACGUAGCGAGUCACUGUUUAGGCAUCCAGCCUGGAAGCAGGGCCAGCGUGACCACCGCCAGGGUGUUCCACGUGCUGUCAUUUGAGCAGAACUGGGUCUCAAGCUGAAGCGCACUGUCUACCUGAUGCCCUGCCUCUCUUCUGUGUGGCAUGGUGUUCUGCCUCAUGAGGAUGUGACUCUGGAGAGGAGGUGUUCAUAAUCACCGCUCUCUAAUGUCACUUCCUUCUGCCUCGCCAGCCAAAGUCUUCACAUAGAUCUAGAUGGCUAGGGUUUCUGUCUCACAGCACUGGACGAGGAGCACAGUCUGCCUUCAAGCGUGUCGUCAGCAAGUAGUUCUGUGUCUUCUCCUGUCCAGUGCAGUCAGUGUUUCUGUGCUCUUGUCCCUUACAGCUGUAGCCCCCAGAGUCUUGUUGUCCUAGGUCUCUCCCGAUGAAGUCCCUGUACCCUGUAAUUCUCAAGGAUUUGUCAUUGAUGUUAAAUGGCUUUGCAGAAGGGAAAAUGAGAUGGCAGUAUUGAAUUUUCCCUCCCGGAUGUGCAGCCAAGUGCACUUUACUGAGGAAGUCACGGAGAAAUGCAAUAUUCUGAGGGCGUGAGGAGUGGCAAACCACAUUCCUGGUUUCUGUCUGCACUAAUCUGUUAGGACAAGAACAUGAUUGUUUUUUGUUUGUUUGUUGUUUCUUUCACGUGCUGGCGUCACCCUUUGCCUAUAUGGUGGAGCAAUAAUGCUUUGAAAUAAACUUGUGAACCCAAGGCCCUGCAGGUACUGCACUCUGAGUCAGAAGCCAGUAGUGCUUCUGGGAAUACACUUCUUUUUGUAAAUAGGAUCUUUUAAGAUAUUGUAUUAUGUGAAAAUAUGUGCAUACCUCUUUUUGUAGGUCACAGCAGCUCAUUUUUACAGAGUUUGUGAAACUAAAUAUUUAACAUUGUCAAUUUCUGUAAGCUCCAUUCAGUGAGGCUACAGACAGAGGAACAGAGGAAUCAUCUGGAGUGCCCAGCCCAGGGGGACAGGGCAGCUCACAGCCCCCCCCCCCCCCCCCCCCCCCCCCGAUUUAUAGGCCUCACUCUUUAAAAUACAGGCUUUUAAAAGUGAUCAUUUGUUUAGAUGUAGGCAUUUAAAUUUUUUAAAAAAUUUCUUUACCAGAGAACUACGCACUUUGUUAAUUUGCGGGGGAAAGGAUAGAUGUGGGGAAAUGAGCUUUAAAACAAAAACAAAAAACCGCCAAGAGUUUAAAAACAAAACCGAAGCAAAGUGAAUUCAAAAAGAAUCUUGUGUUUUUUUAAAGCAGUCCAUAAAUUAAAUGAUAAUAAUUUUGGAAAACGUGUAGCCCACUCAUCAUUUUAGAAGUGAUUUCUGUUACUAGGACCUGAGCCCCACCUUUAGGUUGAAGGCCCUGGGCCCUUGCUGCCCGCGGUCUGGUGUCUGCUCUGCUCCCCUGCUGUUCAGCGCACGGGGUGUCUCACUGCCUCUCUGCAUCAGGGCGCUGAGCUUGGGGCCAGGCCUGCCACAGCUGCCAAGUCAGCGAUGCCUUGGCCCGUGCCAGGCUCCUGCCACCUCCCUCCUCCUUGGCACCUGUCCUAGUCAGUUUGGAGCAGGGAAACCAAGUGUAAUACCCUUUAUUUUGGUUCCUUACGUUCAAACAAUUAGAUGACAUUAGGUUAUUAGAAUGUCUGUAGCUUCCAAGUACCUCUGCUAGCUCUGUGUCGUUUUCCCAAGAGCCAGUUAGUGUUUAAAAACCACACGAUUAGCCAGUUGUCCUCCAUCUUCCCGAAGGGAGCACCGCUUCAUUCUCUGAGAGGCCCUGGUGGAUGGAUUUGGCUUUCCAUGUUUCGGUCAUGAUGGGCUUCCCUCUGACUAACCCGCUGACCCCAAUGUCAUUGUGUGCUGUGCCCUGCAGGUGACACCUUCUGAGCUAGCUGGGCGGGGCUGAGCCUUCCUUGCUUAGGUGUGUAGGCCACAGUGGUGCUCCUCCCACAGUGGUGCUCCCCACCCCCUUACUUGGAAAGACAUUUAAAACCCAACCUAGAUUCUGUCCUCAGCAUCCCAGCUCCAGGCUAACUGGCUGGCACCCCCUUUUUGUAUGGGGAGACAUUAUUAUGUUUUUAUAUUUUCUACUUUCUAAUUUUUAUUGGUGCCAGUUUAAAAUUCUGAUUUCCUUUUAAUAGCCUCCAGGAUAAUUUGUUGUUUUUACCUGAAUUGCCCUUUAAUCUUUUUUGGGUCAUUCUCUUUGUACUCUUCUUGCCUACCUCACCCCCCCCCCAACCCAACCCCUCACUGGCCCCUCUUUAAACCUAGGUGUCUUUGGGGCAAAUGGUAUAAAAGUAUUCUUUUCAUCUGCUUUUAUGAUGUGGGGACAUUUCCAGUAUCUACUUUUUUUUUUUUUUUUUGCUGAAUCCAAAGAUAUAUAAAUAAAUGUAUUUUAUGAAGAUCCAAAUGAUAUUAAGGAAACAUGUUUCUUAGAAAAUAAAUGAGGCUGUGCUGUUGCUGUCAGUAUCAGGCGCUCUCUCUUCCUAAGCUGUGCCCCGGCAUUGACAGCCCUACUCAGUUCAUCAGCAUUAGAUGCUGAGGUGAGUCAGGCCACAGGCAGAUAAUUGGCUCGAUUCAGGGGUAGAUGCAGCUGGGCCACGCAGAGGGUUUCCCGUUGACAGCACGCCAGUCCAGUCCCCUCUCUAUCUGUGGCGGAGCUGUCAUGGGUUCUGUUCCCAAGUCGAGUGUUACCAGGAGCGAACCGCUAGACUAGCUGGAAUCUGGCCCCGCCAUGAAGCGACAGCGGAUUUACCUCCACUGCAGGUGAUUAAAAAUAGGGCGGUGUUUUGUUUUUCUCUUACCUCCUCCCUUUUUCUCAUCCUUUGAAAAUAUGGAGUUUUGAAGAAGAUGGAAAUGCUACUCCAAGAGCAGUAAAUUCUCAGGAACUGACUGACACCACUGAGAACACAUUUGGGGUCAAACACGUUUAUAUUAAGUGUCACUUAAGAUGAUGUCAUUCUUUACACGGCAAGGAAUGGAAACCACGUUGGUGACUCAGUCGGAUGGAGCUGUGGAUGUCUUGCCGACUGUCUGGAUGCUCUUGUAAAUAAAGGUUUCUAUUUAAACCUCA